AUGGACCUAAUUCUUAAAAGAAGCUCAACUGACCAUCACAGCUUGUCUUUAAAUAUAGAAAAUUCGAGAAAUUGUAAAAAAAUGAUGAAAAUUCAAAAAAUGCAGCAAAAAAAUGUUUUCGCAAAAAUAAAAAAAGGAAUUUGCAUGCAAUUUUUGCAUUUUUGAGGAUUUUGCACCAUUUUUGCAAGCUCUCCGAAAAUAUAAUCACACAGCUUAAUAAAAUCAGCAAAAGGUGCUGAAAUUUUGAAAAGAAAGGGGUGAAUAUUAACUUUGAAGAUCCAAUGAAAAAUUCACCAAACGCUUUAUUAAUCUAUAAGUUUAAUCGAAGAUUUCCUAUUACCAAAGAACACAUAAAUUUAAGUUUAGCAAAAAAAAUUAUAGCAAAUUUGUCCAAUUUAACGGAUUUUGGUGCCAUAAAAGAAAGUUAUCUCAAUAAAGUUGAUUUCAAGCCCAUAAGUAACUAUAUCAAAGAUUACCUAACAGAAGGCUCAAAAGAAGUUCUUUACAACAUAAUUUUAUUAUCAAAAACUACUGACUCAUUAAAUCUCGCCUCAAGUAAUGCAAUCACAAUUCUCAAUAAAGCAGGAUUUAUUUUCACAAAUAAAGAUUUAAGUAUGAUUAAAAUCCCGAAUGCAGAAUUAUCAUAUGGAAUAUUUUACAACACGAAUUUUUCUUCAAGCAACCUUCAUAAAGUUAACUUUUCUAGGGCUUAUAUUUCUGGAUCAAAUUUUAAAGGCUGCGAUAUGACUGAAGUAAAUUUCAGAGAAAAAGUCACUGACAUAAAAACGACCACAGAAAUUUUUAAGUUUUCUAAUUGUGGCAGAUUUCUUGCUAUUGUCAGUAAUAAAAUAACAUGACUUUAUAACUUGAAAAAAAAUCAAGAAAUUACUCAACUUGUAGGGCAUAAUAAGGAGAUAACUUUUCUAACAUUUUCUGAUGAUGGUAAGUAUUUAGGAUCUUGAAGCUCAGAUUCAGUGGCCAUUUUAUGGGACACUUAUCAAAAAAGUAAAAUUAGAGUAAUUAAUGGAUGCAGGAAUUUUAUGAAUUUUUCUCCUUGCGGAACAUACCUUAGCUUUAUUUUUUGCGUUACUCAAGGUUGUAUAUCAAUAUAUGAUAUAAAUUUGGACCAAGUAAUAAAUAAAAUACGUUAUGGAAAUUUCAUACCAAAAUUUACAUUAUUUUCUCACACAGGGACUCACUUAAUAGCUUUAUAUCAUUAUUCAUGCAUCAUGAGUAAGUGAAAUCUAUGAGGUAAUGGCAGCGAAGAGCGUAUAAAGUGCCAAAAUAUUGAGACUUGCUUUGCAAUAUCUAGCUGCCGUAAAUACGUAGCAGUUCCUUAUACUUAUUGUCGAAUACAUGUAUAUAAUUUGGAUAAAUUCGAAUUUGUUGCAAAGCUGGAUAUAAAGCCUUAUCCAACUUAUUUAGUCUCCCGGUGAAUGAAUCAAAAAGUUUUGCUAAAUUGCAUUGGGAUUAAAAUUUUUUUAAAAAAAUUAUAGUAAAAAUUAUUUUCGAAAUUUAAAAAAAAUAAAUUGAAAAGUAUAAAUUUGUAAAAAUUAUAAGCUGUUUAAUAAUCAAAAAUAUUAGUUAGAGAUUUAAUUAUACUAAUUAUUAUUUAUGUAUCAAAUAUUUUUCUAUAAGAAAUUUUUUGUUAGCUCAAGAGUGUAGGUUUUACCUCAAAAAUAGGGAUUUUUCAAAUUAUUUUGCUCGCUCACAGAGGGGGAGCUAGCAUUUUCACCUUGUGGAAGGUUUUUAGCCUCAGGAGCUGAGGAUAAAUAUAUUGAGGUGCUUGAUUUGUCUUCAUCAAAAGGUAAUACUUUUAACAUUUUCAAUAAAAAAAAUUUGAAGAUGAAGCCUUUUGUGUUUUCUUCAGAUGGAAAUUAUUUAUUUGUAGUAACAGCUGACCAAAGACUAAAGUCUUGAGAAAUCUCUCCAAACUUUGAAGCAAAUGCAAAGCAAAAUAUGACAGCGAUAAAAACUGUUUCUUUCUCGUUUGACAGUGAAUAUUUUGCUGCUUCAAAUGAAGAAGGAUGGAUUUUUAUAUUUUUUACCAAAAAUCAAAAGCUUUUUAAAGAAUUUAAGGCUCAUAAUCAUUGAAUUUCACGUGUUUUCUGAUCCUGAAAUAUAAUGGCUACUUCAAGUAUAGAUAAUUAUAUCAAGAUUUGAGAUAUUUAUACCUGCUCUCCAUUACAGAUAAUUCAAGCAAAUAAAAAUAUUGAUAUAGAAAUUUUCCCAAAUUUGGAGCUGUUUGCCCUUGAUUUGGCCACUGGGAAAAUUUUUUGGUUCGACCAGUACCAUAUGGUUUGGUCAAACCAAAAAAAUUUUCUCAGUGGGCAAAUCAAAGGCAAACAGCGCCAUCUAUGGGAAAAUUCUAUAUAUCUCCUGAUGGAAAGAAAAUUCUUUCGUGUAGUAGGCUUAAUUUAAUUAAUAUUUUCGAUAUUGAAAAAGGCCAAAUGAUUAGCCAAUGAAAAGCAAAUCGUCAACAAGUUCAUAUGUGAAUCUGAUCUCAGUGUGGAAAAUUUGUAAUAGUUUGCAGUGCCGAUAGAUCAAUCAGCAUUUGAAAGGCGGAUAAUCAAGAAUUAAUAGCUGACUUCCCUCUUUUGAAAUUGAAACAAAACAUUGGUAAAAUUCACAUUUUUUUGGUCCUUAAUACUCCUUUAAAAUUGGAACAAAAUUUGUUUUCGUUACUCCCCCCCGUGAGUGAACAAAAUCAUUAGAAAAAUCGCUAUUUUUUGCCCAAAAACCCACCCUCCGUGAGUGAACAAAAAAUUUUUUUAAUACAAAAAUUUUUUAUGGGAAAAAAAAUUUGAUAUAUAAAUGAUAAUUAAUAUAAUGAUAUCUAGAGCUAAUUCUGUUUAAUUUCAAACGAAUUGGGUUUUUAAAACAUAAAUUUUAUAAAUUAAAUUAAUAUUUGCUUUCCAAUUUUUGUGAAUUAGGAUUUUUUUUAAAUUUCGAAAAAAAAUUUUUUUUUAUAAAAUUUAUAUAUAAAUUUUUUUUAAAAAAAAAAAAAUUAACCCCCCUCCGUGAGUGAACAAAAUUUUUUUGUUCACUCACGGAAGGGGGGGGGGGAGUUAGGAAAAUUUUAUCGAUAAAAUACUAUUUUUUAUAUAAUUAGUUUUGACCUAAUUUAAUAGAUAAAACGAGAAAAGAAUGCCAUUGCACAGUUUUAAAGCUGAAUCGAUUGAUUUUAUAUAUAGGUCUUCAAUUCAAAAUAUUCUACUCGAUUUAUAUUUUUUAAAAAAUUUUAAAAUUAAAAUCAAGUUGAAGAUUUAAAUUUGUAUUAACCUAAUUUAAUAGACAAAAAACAAAUAGAACGCUAUUCAAACAAUUUCCACACUGAAUCGAUUAAUUUUGUUAUACUCAAUAUAUUUUUUUUUAAAAUUUUAAAAAAAAGUUAAAUGAAAAAAACUAAUUAUUAUAAAAUUAUUUUGACCUAGUUUAAUUGACAAAAUCCAAGUAGAAUAUUAUUUAAAACAUUUUUUAGCUGAAUAAAUAAUUCUUCAUAAAAUUUAAUUAAAAAUUUAAACUAUUCAAUUUAUAUUCUUAAAAAAUUGUAAAAAAUAUUUAAAAAUAUUUAAAAAAAUACUAAACUAUUUUAUGGUAAAAGUGCAUGUAAGACUCUAUCCAAACAAUUUCACGAUGAAUCGGUUAAUUUUUUUAAAUAUCUCUCUCUCCAUAAAAAAUAAAUGAAAAUUCAAAUUAUUGAGCUUAAUUUAUAUUUUUUAAGAUACAAAAAAUUUAAAAUAAUUUUUAAGAGAAAAAUUUAAAUAUGAUUUUUUAUAAAAAUAUCAAAUUAAUCUCCUUUUAAAUUAGAACAGGAUUUUUGUUCCAAUUUAAAGCGGGGGAGUGAGUUUAUUAAACAUAACCAUGAAGUAACUUUGAUCAGUCUUUCUACAUGUGGAAACUUUUUAAUCUCUUCCAGUCUGGAUAAAAAUAUAAAGGUUUGGUAUUUAGGGAAUAUAGAUCAAAAUUUCCAAGGAGCUUGUGUAAUCAAAGAUUUUCGUAUGGAAAAUUUGACGACGUCAAUUAAAUGAAAUUAUGAUGGAACAAAAUGCUUAUGGGGCGAUUCACAAGGAACCAUAGCGAUAUGGGAUAGAUGCACAGGGAAAUUUAUUAGUUUUAAUGCUCAUAUCGAUAGUGUGACUUCAAUUGAUUCUUCAAGAUGUGGGAAUUUUUUAAUUACUGGGAGCAAUGAUAGGACUGUAAAGUUAUGGAGAUUAGAUAUAAAGUAG